GGCGGCGGCGGCGGCGGUGCCGGUGGCUGCGCUCCGCUCCGCGCCGCUCCGCUCCCGCCAUGGCGGCCCCGGGCCCCCGGGCCCCCCGGCUCCUCGCCCUCGGUUUGGCCCUGGCCGCCGCCGCCGCCGCCGCCGCCGCUGCCACCGACCCGUUCUCGCCCCAGCUCGGGGACACCGGAGCUUGCCGCCGGCAGUGCGGCCGCAGCCUGCCGCACCGGGCCGCCGCCGAUGCUGUUCUCAACGCCUGUUACCGGGGCUGCCGGCUGUUCUCCAUCUGUCACUUCGUGGAUGCGAGCGCGGCGCUGAACACAACCAGAGCCGAGUGUGAAGCAGCGUGCGCCGAAGCCUACAGCAACGCGCAGGAGCGGUUCGGCUGCAGGACCGGGUGCCGCAAGCAGCUGCCGGAGGUGGAGAGCAGGAUGGACAAGAGCCCGGAGGUGAAGGUGCCGCCGUUCUCCAUGCUGGAUUUGGUCUCCACCUUCUGCAACGACAUCGUCAGCUCUGCCCAGAGCUUCAUCUCCUCCACCUGGACCUUCUACCUGCAGGCGGACGAUGGCAAAGUGGUGGUGUUCCAGUCCCAGCCCCAGAUGGAGUUCCCGCUGCCCGAGGUGCAGAUGACCCAGCCGGAGCGGCCGGGACCGGUGGCCAGCCCCCGCGCCCCGCAGCCCCACGCAGGCCCUCGGCAGAAGGAGGAGAAGCACCCCCCCGGGAAGGAGCCGCGGGGCAAAGCCAAGCCCGCGGACGCGCCGCAGCCAGAGCACGACUUCCUGGGCUGCAUGGCCAAGCGCUCGGGCCUUCCUCGCUGGAUCCUGGCCGCCUGCCUCUUCCUCUCCGUCAUGGUGAUGCUGUGGCUGAGCUGCGCCAGCUUGGUGACGGCCCCCGAGCAGCACGUCAAGACCCAGCCUCUGAGCAUCAACGGGGACAAGGAGUACCUGGAGGACCUGGACGGCCCUGGCGCCUUCCCCCUGCCGCCUGUCAUCGCCGUCACCCUGUGCCCUGCGCACGGCGAGGACGCAGGGCCGCUGCCCCUCAAGGUCGACCUGGACAAGACCGUCCUGUAGCUCUCCUGCCCCUUCCCCAUCACCUCCCUGCCACCUCGCUGUCACCGUCCCCAUGCUGGUGUCCCCGGUCCCGCUCUUCUCCCCCGUGUCACCAGCUCCUGGUGGGCUCUGCCUCCGUGGUGGGGGGAUCCUGGCUGGAUCCCGCCGUCACCCCCAGGGCCAGCCUGGAGCUUUUCCUCCUCCGUUAACGUUGCUGCGUGUUGGGCUCCUGGUUUCCGGAGCCAAGAGAGGGCUGCCAGCGCGGGGAGGCUGGGGGGAGCCCGUCUGCUCCGGAGCAGAGCCCCCCGGGGCCCCCAGACCUCCGGGCAUGGGUCCAGCGCUGGGCAGGAGGGAGCCGGCUGCGGUGGGGGAUGGAGCACGUCUGCAGCGCUCGGGGCUUUGGCUCGGCACAUCCCCGGCCUCCCACCUUGGGCUGAGCCUCCAAGGCGCCGGCUCCGGCCCUGGGAACUCCCUUCCGCCGGCCGGAGCCGAUUGCCUCGGGGAGCCGAAACGUGGCGAAUGGAUUUGGCGUUGGCAGCCGGAGAGAGCGGCGGAUUUGGCCGCCUCCGUGCCCACGCGAGGACCCAGCCGGCCCCUCGCAGGAGCUGCCGAGGGGCCCCGGGAUGGAUCCUUCCCCUCCCUGCUCCGUGAGGCCUCGGGGGUUAUCUGGCGCUGGUGGCAGCGAGCAGGCGACGCGGUGGCAUUUCCCUGCCCCGUGCUCCUGGGGCGCAUCCGAGCACAGGCAGAGGUGCUGGGAUGUCUCCGUCCGGGGCUCAGCAUCUCUGCCCGCAUCCCGGAGCGGCUCAGCCCCCGAGUGGCACCAGCUCCGGGUCCCCAGGGGGGGCGAGGACCGGGGCCAGCCCUGGGACCUCCCAGCCAAAUGGAGACCCUCAGGGCUCGCCCCGGUGCAGCCCCUCGGCAUGGGGGGGUCCCGGUCCCUGCUCCGCGGGGCUCAGAGCAGGCAGGGCCAUCUCGCCAUCUCCCACCCUUCUCCGUCACCUCGUGCAUCGUUUCGUGGUCUGAUUUGCACCGGCAUGUGGUCCCUCGGCCCCUGGCACCCCGUGGGGACACCCCUGGGGACAGCUCGGUGGUGGCAGUCCCUGCCUCCCCGCAGCCACCUAACACACGUGUACAGAUUAACUUAUUACCCGUGCCCCUCCGCCCCUCGGUUUUUACGCUCUCCCCGUUUUGGGGGGGCUGCGGUGUGUGUGUCGUUGCGGGGCAGGGGAGGCUCUUGGCCCCGGCCCCUGCCGGUUUUGUGCUGCUCCAUAUCACACGUGCAACAUAUCUGGGUUUUGGGGGUGUGGGCUGGGGGGAGGCGCUGCGGGUGGGGGGGGGCUCGUGUCCAUUUUUGGGGUACACUUCUCGGUGUCGCUUUGUGGCAGCUCAGCUCAGUGUAAAGCUCGGUGCAGUCCGUGUCGUUGUCUCGGCUACGUGGCUCCCCCCCGUGCCCGGUCCUGGGGGGUGAAACCGUGGCUGGGGAGCACCCAUCCCGCAUCGGUUUGGGUUCCAAGGAGCAAACCCGGCCCCAAGCCUCCUGCGGAGCCUGGGUCCAGCUGAGCAGUGCGGGAGGGGAAAUAAAAGGUUUGUACC